AUGGACCGAUGGAAGGACUCCAAGAUACAACUCUACCAGACUGAAGCUGAAGGAGGUGAAAAUGAGCUGGUGCUUCAGACUGACGUCUGGGCUGAGCUGAGGGCUUUGAGAGACAUGGUGGUGGAGCAGAAAGUAGAGCUGAGGUACCUGACGUCCAGAGUAACCGCUGCUGAGAGCCUGGUGGACGCCUUGGAGAAGGAGAAUACAGCUCAAGCUACAGAGCUUGCAGUUGCUCAGAAAGAGCGCAGCAUUUUGCAGCUGAGAAUGACAGUCAGUGAGCCACGUGUGAAGGAGCUGGAGAAACAACAGGAAGUUCAAGCUACAGAGCUUGCAGUCAUUCAGCAGGAGCUCAGCACUCUGGAGCUAAGACUGACCGUCAGUGAGGGCCUCAUCAUGGUGCUGGAGCAACAGCGGGAAGUGAGGAAACUGGCCUUUUCUGCCUCCCUUCUGACAUCUGGUCAGGGUAACACAUUCCAAGAAGAUGCUCCACUCCUCUACAAAAAUGUGUUUACCAACAUUGGAAACCAUUACAACCCAGACACAGGUUACUUCACUGCACCAGCAAGAGGAGUGUAUUACUUCAGAUUUACUGGCCAUCUAGCAAACUCUAUCAAAUCUAUGAUAAUGAAAAUGUUUAUGAACGAGGAUCUUAUAGUUACCUCAGGUGACGGUAGAUCAACAGAUGCUGAGGACAGUGCAUCCAAUGGUGUAGUGUUGCAGUUGGAAGUGGGAGAUGUUGUUUCAGUACAACUUAUGGGAAAUGUUUGGGAUGACCAUUACCACAGAACAACCUUCAGUGGCUUUCUGCUCUUUCCUUUGUAA